AUGUAUUUCAGGUCUAUUGCACCAUGCCGCGCCACGCUGCGCAUGGCCUCAGCACCCCAGCCCUGGCUGCCCUCGCGGAUAUUGCUGUGCCCCCGCGCACCUGGCCAGCGCGAUGUGAGAUGCUUAGCAUUCAGCACGGAUUUCGUCCCCGCGAACUACACGCCCAAGCAAUCUGACCCACUGCGCAUCCUGUUCUGCGGCUCAGACGAGUUCAGUGCUGAAUCACUCAAGCUGCUACAUGUACGGAUGGUUACCAACCCUGACCAGAUACGCUCCAUCGAUGUCGUGGUCAGGCCGCCAAAGCGCAUUGGGAGAGGUUUGACCAAGCUUACACAGCCACCGAUAAUCGAGAUUGCCAGAAAACGCCUACUCAGGGUUCAUAAGCGCGAUGACUUCAAUGACUGGGAACUGCCCCCAGGCAUCAACCUCAUCGUCGCCGUGUCCUUUGGCCUCUUUAUCCCGCCGCGCCUCCUGCGCCAGGCCAAGUACGGUGGCCUCAACGUCCAUCCCUCGCUGUUACCGGACUUGCGUGGUGCCGCGCCACUUCACCACACUCUCUUGCAACACCGGCAGUACACAGGAGUCACUCUUCAGACCCUGGACCACGAGCGCUUUGACCACGGCUUGAUUCUCAGCCAGACCACCCCCGAAUCCAUGCCUAUCCCGGAGGGCUGCACCUUUGAGCAACUCCGGGAGAUGACGGCCUUGCGGGGGGCAGAGCUGCUUGCCCGUGCUCUGCGCGAUGGCUUACACGUACCGCCGCUCACGGACGUCUCCCCGAUGUUGAGCAGUACCCACGAAGCGUCUGGCAAGCUCCGACUUGCACCAAAGAUCCGCAAGGAACACAGUCAGCUCACCCGCGCAAGCGUGGGCAACAUCCAUCGCAUGCAGGAAAUCAUUGGGCCCGUAUGGUUCCUUGCCCUCGACCGGCGUCGUGACGAGUGGGGCCAAGUGCAAAGGUUCAUUGUGGAGGAGAUCGACUCGAGCAUCUCUGCUGCCUUUCCAGCAACAAUGUCCGGCCCCAAGGGUUCAGGCCGCGUCCACAAAGCACCAGUACGCGAGGGAGCGGUCGAAACGCAAUGGCCAGACGAGACGUGGGCGCGGUACUUUGAGCCCAUGACGCUCACCAUGAUGCACGAGAAGAAGAAGACGGCGUCGGAAGCAACAGCAACAGCAGCAGCAGCAUCCACAGGCACAGAUAUAACAAUCCAAACAUCUAAAAAACUACGCGGCAAGCGGCCUAAUCUCUCGCCUGCCGAUGUCGAGGCGAACUAUGACGUCUUUCACCUCAAAGCCUGGGUCCGCAAGCUGCCCUGGGGCCCGACUCCUGGAGGCGUCCGCAUGCCUCUCAAGGACGUAAACUACGUCUACCUUCCAGACCUGAAGUGCCGGCUCAUCAAUAUCACCGCGGCGGGGAAAGGCAUGGAGCUUGCGAGGCCACUGUUGGAAAAGGCCCGGUGCCUGACCAAGGGUCAUGAUCUUCUUGUUCAAGAGUGA